AUGGCUUCGAUUUCGGGGAAAAUGCUGAGAAGUUCAGCCGCUCUUCUCAACAUCAGCGUAACGCGAUCAUACGCUCUUCCGGCAGAUCCUUUGGCAAGGUUCAAAGCAAUUGCCAAUGCGACUGACGAAAGGCAUCGGGUAUUAAUCACUGGAGCACUAGGGCAGCUUGGUCGUGGACUAAACACAGUGUACAAAUAUAUGUACGGAGAUGGCUGCGUUGUGAUGACCGACAUUAUUAAAGCUCCACGUAAUGCAACAGACAUAUCCAACUACUCCUAUUUGGACAUACUGAGCCAGGACAGCAUCGAACGGCUUGUAGUCGACAAGCACAUCGACACUGUGGUGCACUUCUCGGCGCUGUUGAGCGCUGUUGGAGAACAGAAUGUCAACCUAGCUCUGAAGAUAAAUUGUCGCGGUGUGGAAAACGUCCUCGAAGUCGCCAGGAAACACGAUCUGAAAGUGUUCAUUCCAUCGACGAUUGGAGCCUUUGGUCCCACAACACCCCGCGACAAUGUUCCUGAUCUUACCAUUCAAGAGCCCACCACCAUUUACGGAGUAUCGAAGGUAUAUGCUGAGCGACUAGGAGAAUACUACCAUCACAAGUUUGGCGUAGACUUCCGCUGUCUUCGUUUCCCUGGUAUAAUCUCUGCAACGAAGCCUGGAGGAGGGACAACAGACUCGCAUACAAAUUUACGAAUGCACUCGAGAAGGAAGCAUAUUUGUUACCUUUCGGCCGGAUACCAAACUUCCAAUGAUGUACGACACCGAUUGCAUGGCUUCUGUCGUACAGUUCCUCUCGGCUCCAUCGGAAUCACUCAGGCGUCGAACAUACAACGUGACUGGUUUCUCAUUCACACCUGGAGAAUUGCCAAUGCAGUUAUGCCACAUUUCAAGAUCAACUAUGAUAUUUGUAAAACACGGCAGGCUAUUGCUGACUCAUGGCCACGAUCGUUGGACGAUUCUGGAGCGAAGAAGGAUUGGGGGUGGCAUGUCGAGUAUGGACUGGACGAGACUGUCGAAGUGAUGUUUUCGCCCUUCGCUGGCCAGCGAGACUGCUGA